UUCAAAUUUUGGAAGACCACAGUGAACUACUACUCUUAGCUUUAAAGAACUCAAGUAUCAACCUUACUUGAAAUUAAUUCUGAGAAACAGCUUUCAUGUUGACGCUGUUGAGUUGAGGAAUACUGUUUGAAUUUCCUAGACAUUAAACUUAUUUCUAGAAAUUCUGACUCAGGUUGAGAAUCAACUGCUCAGUUUUGAUGGCUUUUCUUACACUCCUGGAUAAAGCUGGAGGCCUGGGGAAAUUCCAAAUUCUUCAGAUGAUUUUGCUCUGCAUCUCCAUCUUCAUCUCGAGCCCAUAUACUAUGCUGGAGAACUUCACUGCAGCAGUGCCUGAUCACCGCUGCUGGGUCCACCUCCUUGAUAAUGACACCAACUCUGCUAAUGACAUUGGGACCCUCAGCCAAGAGGACCUCCUGAGAGUCUCCAUCCCCCUGGACUCCAGCCUGAGGCCAGAGAAGUGCCUGCGCUUUGUCCAUCCUCAGUGGCAGCUCCUUCACCAGAAUGGCACUUUCCCCAAUGUGACAGAGCUGGACACGGAGCCCUGCAUGGAUGGCUGGGUGUAUGACCACAGCACCUUCUCUUCGACCAUCGUGACUCAGUGGGAUCUGGUAUGUGAAUCACAGUCACUGAUCCCAGUGACUAAAUUCUCAUUCAUGGCUGGAAUGGUGGUGGGAAGCAUCAUAUGUGGGCAUUUGUCAGACAGGUUUGGGAGGAGGAUGGUCUUCAGAUGGUGUACCUUCUUGUUGUCCAUUACUAGCAGUUGUGUGACGUUUGUUCCCAACUUCCCCAUGUACUGCUCACUCCGUUUCUUAUCUGGGAUUUCAUACAUACCUAUUGCGGCAAAUAGUAUUUUGCUCAUUGUAGAGUGGGCAGUGCCCCGGUUCCAGGCAUUGGGAAUAACAAUGGCAUUCUUUGCCACGUGUAUUGGACAGGCAUCCUUGGGAGGUCUGGCGUUUGGCUUUAGAGACUGGCAUAUACUCCAGCUAGUGGUGUCUGUUCCAUUCUUUGUCUUAUUUCUGUGCACUAGGUGGGUGGCAGAGUCUGCUCAGUGGCUGAUUAUCUCCAACAGACCAGAGGAGGCCUUAAAGGAACUGAGAAAAGCUGCACAUUGUAAUGGCAAAAAGGAUGUUGAAAACACUCUGACCCUGGAGGCUUUGAGAUGUGCCAUGCAGGAUGAACUAAAGGCAGCUCAAAGAAAGCCUGUUGUGUUAGACUUGUGUCGCACACCCAACCUGCGCAAAAGGAUCUGUCUCCUGGCUUUUCUAAGAUUUGUAAUUGCUAUUUCCCGUGCUGGUCUGAUUCUCAACCCCCAGUACCUGGGAAGCAAUGUCUUCCUGAUCCAGGCUCUCUUUGGUAUAAUUGCUUUCCCAGGCAAUUUUGUUGCAUUACUGACACUCAAUCACCUGGGCCGUCGAAUAAGUCAUAUGCUUUUCUCAUUUCUAUUGGGAAUCUCCAUACUGGCCACCAUAUUUGUGCCUGAAGAAAUACAGACUGUGCAGUCAGCUUUGGCAACCUUGGGAGUAGGAUGUGCCUCUGCUCUCACCACCUCCCUUACUACCCAUUCAUCUGAACUCAUUCCUACGUCAAUCAGGGGAACAGCCAUGGGGAUCUUUGGAGUUUUUGGUAGUAUUGGGGCAGUUCUGGCUUCUCUCUUGAUAAUCUUGGAGGCGUAUUCGCCCCCUGUGCCCUGGUUCAUCUAUAGAGGUGUCCCCAUCCUUGGUGCCCUUGUCAUCCCACUGCUUCCUGAAACCAGGAAUCAGUUUCUCCCUGAAACCAUCCAGGAUGUGGAGAAUGAGUGAGUACCCUACCUCUCACAUAACUCUAGAAGAGCAGUGAGACACAGAUGUGAGACAGGGAAGGUACACAUGGCAGAGACUGGUAUCCCCAGGCCAUUUCUGUGUAGUCAGUGGCUUUGGCUCAACCACAGACCCAGCCCUCCCUGCAGUGAAUUCAAAUAGACUGACAUUCUCUAGCUCCCACAGACUUAAUCAGUCCAGUCUGGAUUAUCUUUGUAGUGGUAAAGAGGGCAAUUUACAUUCCUUAGUGUGUCAUGCAUGUUCCUAAAAGUCCUGCACAAAGGGACAAUUUCCACCACCCUGGUUAUCUUCUCUCUGAUCCUGGCAACCUUAGUGAAGAGAGUAGAUAGAGUAAGCUCUCUGGGGCUGCUGAUUUCUAUAGUAGAGUGAUAUUCUGAUUCUAAUUAUCUGGAGAAAUGCAGUCAGUUGUAUCUGUCCACAUCGAAAGAGAAAUUUCUUUUUAAAAUUGGAUCAUGAGAGUAUAUGGCAGGCAAUUCUGAAAUCCACAGCAGGCAGCAAGCAGCCCGGAGGCCCAUAGGAGGUCGGAUUUCUCAGGACUAACAGCAAUCCGGGAUAGAAAUCCUUCUUCAUCUAGGAAUGUGUCUUUUCCUCCUUUAGACCCUUAGCUGAUAGAAUGAGUCACAUUCAAACAUCAUGGAGAGUAAUGUCCUUUAUUUGACAUUAGCUGGCUUAAAUAUGAAUAACAUUUAAGGAAAUACCUUCACAGAACCAUGGUGUAGCUUAUGGCCAGUCAUCUGGGUAUCAUAAGUUAGACAUGCUGUCACAAAAAGUCAAGUGCACCAAGCCCUGAGGACCACUAACAAAUAUGAGAGAAGUGAGAUGAAGGACAAAAGUCCCUACCACAGAAGGAGUCUUGUUUAGCCUGUGAGAUUCACUUCACCAAGUAUGUCUGGGAAUAAAUUUAUUAAAAUAGAUUAAAAAUAUUCAUAAGAAUAUAUCUUUAUUAAAAAUCCCAUCAUUAUUUUUAUAAUAUGAUAACAGACACCAAAACAAAAUAGAUAAACAAGUUUAGAAGCUAUGGUCUCCUAUAGUGAGAAUAGAAGCUAUCAAAGCAUCCUUCUUUGCUCUUAUAUUACUUAUCUUGUCACAAGAGUUAGUAAAGCUCUUGGCAGAGGUCAUAAUAUAUAUCUAAGCUGGCUGGUAAAGUUAUACUUGUUAAAGCAAUUAUAAAUUUGUUUUUCUUUGCUUUCUUCCUAUCCACUUUCUUUCUCUCAUGUGUGCAUGUGUUUGUGCCUCUCUCUCUCUCUCUCUCUCUCUCUCUCUGUAUGUGUAUGGUAUGUAUAUGUGAUUUGACCAGAAGCAAAAGCUCAAGAAAUUCAAAACAGGAGAAUACUUCUGUUGAAAUGACACAGUUUUAAGCAAUUCCAGGAACAACUUGCUGGCCAAAGAAUGAAGUAAAGAAACGAAGAUAUUUUCUUGCUAAUGGGAAAAUAAGUAAAAUAAAAUAAAAAUUGAGAAAUGAAAAAUAAUCAGUCCUUUUUUCUAGUGUGGUAUAAUUUUACUGCAUAUAAAAUACAAUGAUUAAUGGUGAUAAAAAAAACAAGGUGAGUGAAACAUAGAAUUUUGAGUUUAUUUCGAGUAGUUGUAAUAUUGUGGAUAGCUGGAAAAAGUCUGGGUUGAUUAAAAGUUGAACAGUAUGAAAAAUAACAAAUAUCCCCAAAAUUAAUCAGUAAAAAUUGAUGGAGCUUCUGGUCUGGGAUAUGGCAGAGUGGAUAAAACUUUGGACUCUCAAGCAGGAGGUUCCAAGUUCAAUCCCUGGCAGGACAUGUACCAGAGUGAUGUCUAGUGCUUUCUCUCUCUUCUCCUACUUUUCUCAUUAAUAAAUAAAAUCUUAACUAAAAAAAGAAAAUUAUAUUAAAAUUGAUGUAUCUUAUGUAAAGACAAUUCAUAUAAUUUUGGAAUGACUUGAAAAAAUAGUAACAAACUUACCCAGACAAUAGCAACAAUUUAAUAAAUAAGAGAAUGUUGCAGAACCAAUGAAAAAGUGUAUAAAAAAUUUAGCCAU